AUGUCUGCUCCUAUUACCCUCACCAGCUCCGAUGGAGUCGAAAUCACCGUCGAGCGCGCGGUUGCUGAGCGCUCCAUUCUGAUCAAGAACAUGCUCGAGGAUCUUGGUGACUCCGGCGAGGCCAUCCCUAUUCCUAACGCACUUCAUGCAGGUGGACCAGGAGAUGCUCUUCGAGAUCAUUCUCGUGAGUCCCCUCGCCUUGGACCUCGCAUACUGAAAACGGAACAAAGACUGACUCUUUGCCUCUUACAGGCUGCGAACUACCUCGAUAUUAAGGCUCUUUUGGACGUCGGCUGUAAGACCGUCGCCAACAUGAUCAAGGGAAAGUCGCCCGAGGAAAUUCGGAAGACCUUCAACAUUCAAAAUGACUUCACCCCCGAGGAGGAGGACCAAAUUCGUCGCGAGAACGAGUGGGCCGAGGAGUAA